AUGAAGUUGGUCAAUUUUUUGAAAAAGUUAAGGAAUGAACAAGUCACAGUCGAGUUAAAGAACGGUACGACGAUAUGGGGCACGUUACAAACGGUUUCACCGCAGAUGAAUGUAACGUUGACGGAUGUUGCGUUGACGUUACCAAACAACAAUCAUUCUAAUAGUCCAAGUGCCCUUGCGAGCAUGUAUUUGACGGGGAAGGGGCCCUCGAACGAAGGUGCAACGAGUGGCGAUAAGAUUACUACCUCUUUACAAUAUAUCAAUGUCCGUGGUAAUACAAUUAGACAAAUAAUCUUACCGGAUUCAUUGAAUCUAGACUCUCUGUUGAUAGAUGAAACACAAUUAAACAGAUUGAGAAGACAAGGUAAAGUUGUCAGUGACGCUAAUAAGAAAAGAAGACGUGAUUUCGAUGGACAACAGACGAAAAGAAUAAGAAGAGGAGUUUAA